AUGAAUAAAGAUAAAGAAGCAAAAGCAAAAAAGCCAUUGUCAAAAGAGGAAUUGCUAGCCCAGUAUCAUGCGACCCUGACGGUUCUCCGCAUUCAAAAUAAAAUGGGGCAAUUAGCCAAAACUCACCAAAUAAAAGAAUUAAAAAGGGAGAUUGCACGCCUUUUGACUAAAAAAAAUUCUGGAGCGAAGAUUAGUUUUAUGAAUAUAAAAACUAUUCAGCCCAGAAAACAAAAUCCAAGAAAUUGGGUUCGACAAACAAAAAAAAGUUUCUAUGAGCGAGAGAUAAGUCGUCUUUUGUAUCAAAUAGUCCAGGAAUAUAACCUGCCUUCUUGUUCUUUGAGUUAUUGCGAAACAAGCGCUCGAGGCGAGCAUGUAAAAAUUUAUUUAUCUUUUGCUCGACCCGAAAAUCAAGCCGAAAUCCUUCGAUUAAUGAAUGAAAAAUAUUCCUCUUUGCUAAAAAAAGAAAUUGCGAAAAGCAAAAAAUUUGCCUAUAUCCCCCACCUUGUUUUCCUUCUCGACAAAGAGUUAGAAACCAUGAAUAAUCUGAAAAAAAUACUCCAAGAAUUUACUCAUGCAAAUUAG